CACCACCGCGGCCGAUCCAUCCCUUUUGCCUCUUUCCGCUGCGUCCGCCCGGCUUUCCGUAGUUUCCCCGGCGCGUGCUUUGGAGAUCCAUGGCAUGCAUGGCCGAUCCACACCGCUGUUCCAGCAGCUGCGCUCCUUUAACCUCGCGAAAGCUAGCCAUGCAUAUAAUGGCCCGCCCCACUGCUAGCUGCCUGCUUCUGCAGUGCACAGCCGCACAGGGAGGACGACAGCCGGGGGCAGCCAUGGCGCCCAAGGACAGAGUGCCUCUCGUCAGUGCCGGGCUCGCGGUGGCGUCGCUGCUGCUGCUCCUGCUUUGCGCCACUCGGUGCGAAGCGAGGGCCAUGGCGGCGACGGCGAGGCGACUGAGCAGCAGCAGCAGCAGCCCGCUGCUCAACGCGCUGUUCAAGCUCAACUUCAUCCGGACGGUGGAGCCAGCGCGCCGCAUUCCGACCGCCGGCGACGAGGAAGCCGCGAGCGACAUCAACUCGCCGUUCUGCGUCAACCCACCGGACGCGCCGUCGGCCACGACGCCGCCGUUCAAGCCCUUCACGCCUUCGUUCCCGGGCCAGGCGCCACAGCUGCCGCCGAUCACCCCCGUGCCGCCGUCCUUCGAGCCCAGCCCGCCGGCGCCGGAGAAUGGCGCCUCGGGUGGAGGCCAGGGUGGCGGUCAAGGCCAGGGUGGAGAUCAAGGACAGGGAGGCGGUGGAGAUCAAGGCCAGGGCGGAGGUCAAAGCCAGGGUGGAGAUCAAGGACAGGGCGGAGGGGGUGGAGAUCAAGGCCAGGGCGGAGGUCAAAGCCAGGGUGGAGAUCAAGGCCAGGGCGGAGGUCAAGGCCAGGGAGGUAGUCAAGGCCAGGGUGGAGGUGGUGGAGAUCAAGGCCAGGAAGGCCCACCGGCAUCCACGACGCCGAACUCGCCGCCACAGGUCGGUCCGGGGGGCAUACCAUUCGGAUCGGUGCCGCCGAGCCCCAUCGUCGUGGUGCCGAGCCCACCAGGAUCCGGCCCUGAUCCCGGCUCCGGCUUAGGAGGCGGCGGCUCGGGUUCCGACGGCGGUCCGUUCCAGCCGCCGAUCAUAUACCCACCUCCGCUGGCGCCGCCGCUGCCGCCGGGCGCGGGGCAGACGUUGUGGUGCGUGGCCAAGCCCACGGUGCCGGACCCCAUCAUCCAGGAGGCCAUGGACUACGCGUGCGGCGCCGGCGCCGGGUGCGACUCCAUCCUGCCCAGCGGCUCGUGCUACCGCCCCAACACCGUGCUCGCGCACGCCUCCUUCGCGUUCAACAGCUACUGGCAGCAGGCCAAGGCGACCGGCGGCACCUGCGACUUUGGCGGCACCGCCACCAUCGUCACCAGAGACCCAAGAUGUUGCAACUGGGGGUAUCGAUACAAAUGCAGUAAUCUUUGAUCGGUCAUCUGGUCAAAUCUUGUGCACGCUUACUGGUCACUCAAAGAAGAUAACCACUUUGAAGUUUGUUCCACGGGAUCAACUCUUUGUAACUGGAUCAGCAGAUAAGGCAAUUUCCAUUUACCAUAGGUUUAAGUAACCACUGGAAUAAUAUGGGGAUGCGAGGGAUUGCUCGUGGUUUUGCUCGUGCAUCUCUAGCGUAGUCCGCAUCUCGUGCUACUACCUACCUGUUUCUGUUGAUGCAUCUCUAUGUGAUUGUAACAACCAAGAAGCAUAUGUGGCCUCUAUUUAAUCCACCAUAAAAGAAGUAUUUGGCGCGUUGGCCCU